GUUGCAUGUAUGCGUCAACCACGCGACGUUUUUGCCGUAACAAAACACGAGUAAACUAAUUUUCUUCUCGAACGAUCUUUGAUAAUGCGCUAAAAAAGUAAAAAUAACAAUGAAUCCAAGCGAAGUGGUGUUUUUGGCAGAAAGAAAGCUCGUUACGAUAGUGCCAAAUUUUAGUUUCGGUGCAAUACACUUGAUCUCCGGUACUAUAGGACCUUUUCGUGCUGGUUUACCUGCAAAAGUGCCGAUUUGGCUGGCUGUAAAUUUAAAACAACAACAAAGAUGUCGUAUUCUUAAUCCAGAAUGGAUGCAAGUCGAAAAUUUAGAAGAAGUUGCAGAGACAGAGAAAUUGUCCAAAUUAUUCACACAAAUGCCAAGCAGUCAUUAUAUGGAUGAGGCUCAACUUUUGCUAAGCGUAGCCAGUGACGAUAUACAUGAUUCAGAAAAAAUAAGAACAGCGGUAAAAGAUAUAUGGGAUUUAAGAAUGUCUAAACUACGAACGUCUGUAGACUCGUUCAUAAAGAGUGAUAGUUCUCAUGCAAGACUUGAUCAUCUUACUAUGAUGGAAAUCAAUAGUAUACGUCCAUUAUUACCACAUACUUUAGAUCAGAUAUUAAGAAUUCAAUCUAGUAGUAACAGUACAGGAAGUACAACUGCGUCUCAAUGAAAAUACUACAUUUUUGUCAUUUAUAAAGGCAAGGAUAAGGAUCAUCGAUAAUAGUAUCUAUAUAUAUAUAUAUAUUUUUUUUUCCAUACGAGUGUUGUAGAAUAAUUUUAUUACUUAAUUUACUUUAUCUCAGUACAUCAUACAGUCACUAGCAUCUCAAUCACAUGUUCUCAUUAUUACUAUCGUUAUUAAAUGCGUAUUUACAGUGGUACACCUCUUCCAUCCAUGUUCUAUGGUUUCUCACAUUAUUUACAUCUUAUAGUAUACAGUCCCUUAAUCAUCUUUGAUUUGAUGUCUUACAGAUAAAUACUUAUGUGUGUGUAUAUAUAUAUAUAUGAACACACAUAUAUAUAUAUAUAACUCUAAGGCCACUUGUAAUAUAAAAUCGAAAUGUAAACUUUAAAACGAGAAAACUGAUAUUCAUAAAUUACAGUGACUUACUAUUAAUAUAUACGAACGAAACGUGUAAAAGUCAUUAAAUUAGAAAUAACUUCGAAUGUCGUCGUAACAUAUAUGUGUAUGUAUAUAUAUAUGUAUAUAUAUAUAUA